AUUUAAUUCACACAAAAGGUACAACUCCAGUUUUUUCUAAAACCCAUACUAUAUUAGAACUUAAUUACAUAGAAAUUUAUCCAAGAUAAUUGAUCCCAAGGAAUUUAGAUAAGCUUUACACAUAAGUGACUAAUGCUGCAAUUUUCAAGAUUAGCCUGAUGAAAAAAGUAUAGAGUUUAGAAAAAAUGAUUUGAUGUAGUGAAAAAAGACUAGAUGGAUGCUUCUAAUAAUAUAAUACACAAAAAAUAAGUGAUCUAGAAGAAAGGCAAUUGUUAAAACCAAUGACGCAAUAAGUGAAUCACAGUUUAUACAUGGAUAAUCUUAAAAUCCACUAGCAAUAAAAGAAAAAGUAAUUUUCAGAUUGAAAAGCCAGAGAUCAUCGGCAGAAUCGCGAGCAAAGACCGGCAAAACCAGCCGAAGACGAGUCUCCAGCAUCGAAGGACUUUGAACUCGCUGGCGGAUGCACAAGCGCAUUUCGCACCAAUACAGUGUGUAUAACGGUGAGAUAGAAGGAGAGAGAAAAAUUUCGGGAUUCCGAUGCUAAUGAGCAGCGUCGAGACCCCACCAGUAGCAGCAGCAAUCGGGACCCGUUUCCCCCCGCCAAGGUGCACUGCGGCGACGGCGGCUCGGGCUCGCCGCGAUGAAGGGGCGCACAAUAAAAUCGUUUUGCGGAAGGCGGCUCCGCAGUCCUCGUUGUCUCGCAGCCGCGAUGAUAGCUCUACUUGUGGUCACCCUACUGCUCAAGUUCUUCUCCGGCAAUGCCGAGGAGACCCUCAGCUCUCCAUGGCAUUACUACUGCGAUGGGGGUCUCUGCAAGAAGGCCGAAAUCACGGAGAACGUCACGACUCCCCUGGCUCUGAGCGUCUGCCAGUUGUUCUGCGGUGAAGCUGGAGCCAUCUGGCCCAAGCCGACGGGUCACAUGUCCUUCGGUAACUUCGUCGCCAGACUCGACCCGGACGACAUCGUCCUGAGUGGGAUCGACCUGCGCAGCAACGUUGGACAGCUUCUGCAGGAGAACGUGGACCGACUGAAGGAAAACGUAAAGACUCUGCCCGGUUCUAAGGCCAUCAAGAAGGGAUACGGUUUGACUAUCAACGUCGACGCGCAGUUCGACGUCACCUCGGCAAAACUUACUCUGGGCACGUCGGAGGCUUACACCAUCGCGAUUCACCAACAGGAGGAUGGAGAGCUGAUCGCGGACGUGAGCGGAAAAAACUACUUCGGAGUGCGCCAUGCACUGGAAACCCUGUCGCAGCUGAUCGUCUACGACGACUUGUACGGAGAUGUGAAAAUCGUUCGCGACGUUUACAUCAAAGACGAGCCAGCCUUCCCCUACCGUGGAAUCCUCCUCGACACCGCGCGAAACUUCAUGGACAAAGCCUCGAUUCUGCGGACCAUCGAAGCCAUGGCCAUGUCCAAAAUGAACACCUUCCACUGGCACAUCACCGACUCGCACAGCUUUCCCUACGUCAGUCGUACCUGGCCGAAGUUCUCCAAGUACGGAGCUUACACGCCUGACAAGAUUUACACCGAGCAGGAUAUCAAGGAAAUCGUUAAAUUCGGACUCGUCAGAGGCGUUCGAGUUUUGCCAGAGUUCGACGCGCCAGCCCACGUUGGCGAAGGAUGGCAAUGGGUGGGACACGACACGACUGUCUGCUUCAAAGCCGAGCCGUGGCAGCGUUACUGCGUCGAGCCUCCGUGUGGACAACUGAACCCGACGAGUGAAAAGGUUUACGAGGUUCUCGAGGGUAUCUUCACCGACAUGAUGCGCGAUUUCGAGCCCGACUUCUUCCACAUGGGUGGCGACGAAGUCAACAUCAACUGCUGGAACUCGUCCGACAUAAUCAAGGACUGGAUGACCAAAAAAGGCUGGGACUUGUCCGAGUCGAGCUUCUAUCAGCUUUGGGACCAUUUCCAGUCGAAGGCUUACGACAAGUUGACGAAAGCCAACAAUGGAAAGGAACUUGAUGCCGUACUGUGGACAAGCGGAUUAACAAAUGAGGAAAACCUUAAACACCUUGACCCCAAGAAGUACAUUAUCCAAAUUUGGACCACCGGAGCCGACGCCACGAUCGGCAGACUGAUCAAGAACAAUUUCAGAGUCAUUUUCUCGAAUUACGACGCUCUGUAUCUCGACUGCGGUUUCGGUGCUUGGGUUGGAGAGGGCAACAACUGGUGUGCCCCAUACAAAGGAUGGCAGAAAGUUUACGAAAAUUCCCCCAUGAAAAUGCUGAAGGGUCAAGGAUUCUCUGAACAGUACAAGCACUUAGUUUUAGGUGGAGAAGCAGCUUUGUGGUCAGAACAGGUAGACAGUACAUCCGUCGAUUCUCGAUUGUGGCCGCGUUCCGCUGCGAUGGCCGAACGUUUGUGGUCUAACCCAACCUCAUCGUGGAUUCAUGCCGAGCAGCGAAUGUUGAGACAUCGUGAGAGACUUGUACAGCGUGGAAUUUUCGCCGACAGUUUGGAGCCUGAAUGGUGUUUGCAAAAUCAAGGCUCUUGUUACUUGUAAGCGUCCGUCGUUUAAUAACUGUGAUUGCCAAUAUAUAUAUAUAUAUAUAUAUAUAUAUAUAUAUAUAUAUAUAAAUUAUAAUUGGGAUGAUACAAUUAAUUUAAAAACUAUAAUCAUUUUCAACGAAAAACAGUAUGGCUGUGAAUACGACAGAUUGUAUUUUUCUCAUGUAAAACAAAUUUUAUACAUAUUAUAAUUAUGGCGCAACAGAUUUUUACCUUUGUACGACUUCUGAAUACUCAUACUGAACCUCCUUCGAACGUCUUUGUACCAUUUUUAAUUCUCACAUGUUGAAGAAACAAAGUUUUCCAAUAAAAAUAAUGUUAAUGAA